UCUCGAGCCAGGAACUCUGAAUGAGAGAAUGGUGCUUGAAGGAAAUCCUGAAGUGGGGUCUUCCCGAACCUCAGACCUCCAGCACCCUGAGAACAGUGGCUCUUGCCUUCUCUCUUCUCCUGGUGAAGAUGCACAGCCAGGCGAGGAGCCCAUCAAAUAUGGCGAACUCAUCGUCCUAGGAUGCUGUGAGGAAGGAGGUGAGGAAACCGAGGCUCAGAGAGGGGAAGUGCCUGGUCCAAGGGCACACAGCUGCUACAAUGGGUGUCUGGCAAGCGGGGACAAGGGCCGCCGGCGGAGCCGCCUGGCACUGAGCCGCAGGCCACAUGCCAACGGAGUGAAGCCAGACGUCAUGCACCACAUUUCCACACCGCUCGUCUCCAAGGCCUUGAGUAACCGAGGCCAGCACAGCAUCUCAUACACACUGUCCCGGAGCCACUCGGUCAUAGUGGAGUACACACACGACAGCGACACAGACAUGUUCCAGAUUGGCCGCUCCACUGAGAACAUGAUCGACUUCGUGGUAACAGACACCUCCCCGGGAGGAGGGGCCACCGAGGGCCCUUCUGCCCAGAGCACCAUUUCCCGUUAUGCCUGUCGCAUCCUCUGUGACCGCAGGCCACCCUACACGGCCCGCAUCUAUGCUGCCGGCUUUGACGCCUCCAGCAACAUCUUCCUUGGAGAGCGGGCAGCCAAAUGGCGGACCCCCGAUGGCCUGAUGGAUGGCCUGACCACCAAUGGGGUCCUGGUGAUGCACCCUGCGGGCGGCUUCUCCGAGGACUCGGCCCCAGGUGUCUGGCGGGAGAUAUCAGUCUGCGGGAACGUGUACACACUGCGGGACAGCCGCUCGGCCCAGCAGCGGGGGAAGCUGGUGGAGAACGAAUCCAACGUGUUGCAAGACGGCUCCCUCAUCGACCUGUGUGGGGCCACGCUGCUGUGGCGCACUCCGGCAGGCUUGCUGCGGGCGCCCACGCUGAAACAGCUGGAGGCCCAGCGGCAGGAGGCCAACGCAGCGCGGCCCCAGUGUCCCGUGGGCCUCAGCACCCUGGCCUUCCCCAGUCCAGCCCGGGGCCGCACAGCCCCUGACAAGCAGCAGCCCUGGGUCUACGUCCGCUGCGGCCACGUCCACGGCUACCACGGCUGGGGCUGUCGACGGGAGCGGGGGCCCCAGGAGCGUGAAUGUCCGCUCUGCCGACUUGUGGGUCCCUAUGUACCCCUGUGGCUAGGCCAGGAGGCUGGGCUGUGCCUGGACCCGGGGCCCCCCAGUCAUGCUUUCGCACCCUGCGGCCAUGUCUGCUCUGAGAAGACUGCCCGCUACUGGGCCCAGACACCACUGCCGCACGGCACGCACGCCUUCCACGCGGCCUGCCCCUUUUGCGGGGCCUGGCUCACCGGCGAACAUGGCUGCAUCCGCCUCAUUUUCCAGGGGCCUCUGGACUAGGCUCUCCAGGGCCCUCCCGGCUGUGCCCACCUGCUCCAGCCCCCCCAACCCCUGCAGCUCACAGGGAGCUCUGCAUGUGGAAUUCUGCCUGCUGGCACCUGGCCACACCAGCUGGACACACUGGAUGGGUGGGGCCCCUCUCCCCAAGGGGGUUCUGGAAAUCUUCCCAGUCAUCCUGAAGGGAAUCUGCGGUACCAGCGGUGCCCCCAGGCGAUGGAGGCAAGCUCAGGCCCCUGCCGUACCCUUCCUGGGGUCUCCCCCAUCAUGCCGGUUACACUGUGCCCCUGCCAGGGGAGUGAAGGGACGAUGGCCCCUGACCCCCAACUUGUGCUGGUUGGGCUCCCCAGCCUGCCAACCUGGUAACAGAUACUCACCCUUCUCGCUGCUGCCCUGAGUUCCCUUAGAAACCUCGCUGCUCAGCUGCCC